AUGUUUAGUGAAGACUAUUUAAAUACUCUAUUAGGGAGAAAUGAGUCACCUACAAGUAGGAAAAGACGCAAUAGCUUAAAAUUAUCAAAUAUUCGUGAACUGAAUAAAUUUAAAGAGAAAAUAUUUGAACAGUUUGGAGAUUCUAUUUGUUCGGAUAUAGUAUCAAAUUGUCUAAAUAGUAUAACAAUUAUUAAAAAUAGUGAUGGUCAAGAUUUGAUAUCCUAUAUGAUUGUCCAACUAGGAAGUAAAAUGAUUGAUAAGCUAUUUGCAUGUAUAGAUGAAAUAUUACCAAAAUCAAAUAAUAGUGUAAUUUCUGGAUUAAGCAACAUUUUAUAUUCUAUAUGGAAAAAUUCUAAUAUGAAUUCAACUAAGGAAUAUACUGAAGAACUAAUACAGAAAAAGUUAUGUAAUGGUUGUAUUCGAUUAAAUCCUUUUAUGGCAUCAAAAAUAAGAUUAUUAUUAAGUUCAUUUCAUGAAAAUCGCUAUGAAAGUGAUGUAAAUGAUUUGCUUGUAAGACUAUAUGAUCCCAUAUUAUGGAGGUACUUAUCUGUAGCCAACUGGAAAGUUCGUCUAAACUCAACAGCCUUAUUUGCAAUUUUAUUUCCCCUAAUUGAUUCAUCUAUAACUUCUUCAGGAUAUCAAAGUGAUUUGAAUAGACAAUACUGUUUAUUGCAACAAUUACUAUUUGAUCAACACCCGGAAGUUCGUGUAGCUGCAAUUCAGGGCACUUGUCGUGUCUUAAGAUUAUAUUGGGAAAUUGUACCUGUGGACAAAUUACAGGAACUAUUAAAUAUACUUGUCACAAAUUGCAUUAGAGAUAAAGAAUUUGCAGGUGUUAGAAUUGCAGUUUUAGAUGGUUUGCGUAUUAUACUAGGUAAUCCUUUAUCACAAUAUACUUUACAAAAUUAUCUCCCACGUUUGAGCUCAUAUAUUCAUGAUAUAGAUAUAUUAGUCAGAUAUUCUAUGUCCCUCCUUGUGCUACAAGUAUCUAAAAUUGAAGGUAUGGAUUAUAAAAAAAUCAUUUCACCGAAACAAAUACUUGCAAGGAUUUCCAAGGAAUAUAUUUUGCAUCAAAUUAAUCAAGCUACUCAUUAUAUAAAAAGAGGGGGAUAUGCAGAAUUUGAUUCUGUGGAAUAUAUUAGUAAUAAUGACAUCUUUAGUGAAUCUCUUAUUAAUAAACCUUUACAAGUAGCACGCAUUUUGGCUGAAUUACUGAAUUCUUCAAUAUUUUCUAAUAAAUCUCCUCAUGACCAGCUUAAAUAUUGCCAUUUCCUCUGUGAACAAUGCCCUAUUGGACUAAUUGGUUAUGCUAGCUCUUUAAGUAUUUCAAUUGAUAAAAAUUUUGGAAAUGACAUCCCACCAUCAGAAAGGCUACGACUUGGUGUAAUGCUCAUUUCAACAACUAUUGAUAGUUAUCUUAAAGGAAAUGCAAAGAUGGAUCAUAAUAAAGCAAAAGUACUACUAUCUACUGGUAGGGAAAUACUUAAACCAUUGCUUAAGGAUAAUGACCAAGAAACUACAAAAUUGGCUAGUGACUUUUUUUUCAAAACAUGUAAUGAUGCAAUUUUUUCAAAAUUUCAUGAAGAUAAGCAUUUAUGGUUACAUAUAAUACAGUUAUUGUUAGAUCAAGGUUGUUUUACAAGUACUCAAUUCCCUUUAAUUACAAAGUUUAUUAUUCAAGAUUUAUGGUACUAUUCACUAAAUUAUCCAACAAAAUCUAUGGACCUUAAUACUAGUCAGAUACUUUAUGAUGGGAUUAUUCCAUUAAUGAACAAGUGGAAAUUAUACACAGAUAUGUGGCCAAUACUAUUUGAUGGGACAAUCCAAUUAUUAAAAGGUGAGGUUAACAAUAAAGUGCAGAUUCCAUCAGGUUGGUUAUUAUGUAAUGAAAAUAGAGAACGAAUUAAUUUUGCGUGCCUAUAUAUUAUAAAUAACUCACUUUAUUUCAAGGAAAUUAGAGAUUCCAUUUCUAAUUCAGAUACUUUACUCAAUUCAGUUAUUUCUCUAGGAGAACAUAUAGUAAAAUUUUAUAAAAAUCCCAUAAUGCAACUUAUUAAAAGUUCUGAUUUACUAGAAAAUUUAUCAAGUCUAUUAGUUUUUAUAUUCUCUAUAUUAUCUAAGACUUACCCCAAUAAGAUAAACAAUUGGAUUUGUCUUCUUUCAGAAGAUAUGGAACUAAUUCCGGAAAUGAAUAUAUUAUUACCCGAGUUCUUAAUUUCAUACAUAAAAACUUAUCCAUCACUUUUACUAUGUACAACUGGGGAUUAUAGCAUAAUCAAUUAUGUAAUGAAGUUUAUUUCUAAUCUCCCUUCUAUAUUUCAAAUAAUUUUUAAAAGUAAGGAAUAUAAAUCAUUAAUUUUUGAAUGUAUCAAAAGUAUAAAUAUAUUGUCCUAUGCUAUAAAACAGUUAUUUAGCAGAUCAAAUUCACAGGUAACAUAUCAAAGUCUUAUAGAGAAGUUGUAUAAUAGUGUUAUACCUGCAAUAGAAUAUUUUAUUUCCGAAGAUAAUAUUGAUAAAGAAGCUUUACAUCAACUAAAAGAUAUUAUGAGGAGAUUGCAAUUAGCUAAUUGGAAGGUUUAA